AUGUUCGGCUAUUCGGCAAAAACCAAUGUCUGGCUCAAUUCGUUCACAAUAAUUAACAUAAUUGUAAUUCUUUACGUUUACUGGUUCUUUAACACCGAUUGGUAUUCGAUUCUGGCCAAUCUAGCCGUUCCGCUAGUCGUUUGGGAGGUGCUAAUGUUCGCCGCGUUCGCUGACGAUGAUGUCAUCGCGGAGCUGAUCGGAGAGGACAAUCUCAACUCAUACCGAAGUCUCAUUUCAUCGCGGAGUUACCGUACCCCCCGUCGCGUCCUUCUCUCAUCAGGCGACUACUAG